AUGGAGGUGAUAGUGGUGGGGUCAGCUGAUAUCAGAGGUGGUGGCAGUGGUGGCGGUUGUCUUGGUGAAUCUUCGAGUUCAGUAGAUUAUGUGCAAUAUUGUGGUAAUGUAAUUGGAGAACAUGUCUAUAAGCCAGAUGUACCUGUUCAAUUUAUUCCAUUUCAAGGUUUAGUCUUCAAAUCAUUAGAGUUGGUCAUCAAAAUGUAUUUUGAGUAUGCUGAAAUUGGUGGGUUUGAUGUGAGACUGAGCACACAGUCAAGGUUUGAUAACAAGAUUAUAAAGAAGAAACAUGUUAUAUGUAAUCGUGGUGGAAACAGAAAAAUAAAUCUUCAAAUUCAAAUUCAAGAGUUAUUGUUUGAUGAACUUCAUAACCAACCACUUGAGAAGAGAAGUGAUUUAAAAAAAAAAGCGAGGCAAAUGUCAUAUUCAGAAAAAGAGUUUAUAGUGUGUGCUUCAACAUCAAAAAUAGGUCCAACUACGACUCAUAAGUUGAGGGCAAGUAUGAGAGGUGAGUAUGAGUUUGUAAACCCUAAAGUAGCUGUCUGUAGAAAUUUAAGGAGAGAUAUCAACAGGGUUAUAGGUUAUAAAGAUGCUCAAGUGAUAGUAAACACAAUGAAAGAUCGUCGAGCUCACUAUCCAAAUUACUCAUUUGAGUUUAAUUGUCAAGAUGAUGUUUUGGAAUCUAUGUUUUGGGCUAAUGAAAUGGAAAAGGCAUAUUAUGUUGAAUUUGGUGAUGUUAUCUCGUUUGAUGCGACUUUCCUAACAAACAAGUAUCGAAUGGUUUUUGUUCCAUUUACUGUUAUUGACCAUCAUAAAAAAUCAGUUACUGUUGCAGCGGGGUUGCUAAGCAAUGAAAGCAUUGAAUCCUACUCUUGGUUGCUUAAAGCGUUUCUUAUAACUCAUGUGAAAGAACCAACACUUGUUUUAACCGAUCAAGAUGUUGCAAUAAAAGAAGCAAUUGAGAAUGUGUUUCCUAAUUCAAAGCACCCAUUAUGUAUGUGGCAUAUAAUGAAGAACUUGAAAAGCAAGAGAUCAGAUGAUUUUUUUACAAACACAGACUUUAGAAAAGAUUCUCGAAACUUGUUUGGGACAUUAAUAUGCAACUUUAUGUCUUUGAGGUGA